AUGCGCGUCUACUACUUUGCCCUUGUGGCUUGCACUGCGACUUUGGCAGGCAGCACGAACGCUUCGGAGCCAUCCAACGCUACAAUGGCGAAGGCUGAACUCGCGGCCGACGUUCGUUCCGCUCACGGGGACCACGACGGCGUCGCUGUUAAGGAACCGCUAGAGGUACACGACCACAAGACCGGCGAAGAGAGGAUGGCGCCUGUGGUGCAUGCCUCGGAGGAGAUAGAAGAGGUAGCACACGAGCUGCUCAGCGCAUGGCGUAAAAGUGCUCAAUUUGAGGCCACAGUCUCUAGAGAGAAUGAGUUGCUCUCGUUCAAUCGAGAUGCGCUCGAUCACUAUGUAAAGACACAACCCGUGGAUAAAAAAAGCAUGCACGCCUGGCUAGAAGAAGCUAUAAGGGCGAGGAAAGAUCCGGAUAAGCGAGGCGAUUCGCUCAAAGAGCCUCAAGAGGCAUAUCGUGCGCAUCUGGAAGCACUGGCGUUGCAGGAAAAUCUGGAGAAGAAGUCCCGAUUUGAGCUGCAUCCUGUGGAGGUCCUCAGGCUGAUCCAUUCCCCAAUACAAGGACGUUGGUAA